GACUGUGUCUCUGAUUAGUCCUGACAGGGAAGCGGAGAGGCCGAGUGAACUGAGCUGCAAAAUAUUCCUGUCUUCAAGCAACCUUGCUGGCUGGCUCUGCUGGUUUAUGUGUGCUAUUCACUGGGGAGAAUUUUAUACCUGAAUCCGGAUUCCACGUCUUCCUUAAAGUCCAGACUCCAGAUCCUAGUCUCUCUCUCUCUGUGUAUGUGCCCCUGUCUCUCUCUUUCUCUCUUUCCUCCAGUAUUUCCCAUUCACCACUUCUUCUCUCCUGCUCCUCCUCCUCUCUGCUAACUCCCAUUCUCUGUCCUCAUCUCUGGAGUUACUCAAUGCCGAACCUUCAAAAAAAAAGAGAAAGAAAAGAAAAAGAAAAAAAAAACCUCACCAAAGACAAGGAGUCCAGGAGGGGGCUUUCAAAUGAAUUCCUUCCCCCUCCCUCCCUUCCUUGUGUUUUACAACUCUGUGUCCUCCCUGCUCAGGAGAUCAGACCAGAAAGACACACACAAGAGAAGUGGAGGCGAAUUUUCUCUCUCUCUCUCUGUGUCUAGCUGUAUUUUUCUCCAAGGCUGAAGAUGGCAUUAGGAUCUUGAAGAAAAAAACAACACACACACACAAAACAACCAACUUUCCAGUUCUGGCAUGAAAAAUCCAGGCGUGUGUGUGGUGGGGGAAAUCCAUAAAACUUUAUCUAGCCUAGGCAGAGAGGGGGGCAAAGUCUUUGGGAGCCUCUUGAUUUGUGUGUGUGUGUGUGAAUCUCAAGAAGAAAACACAGAGGAGGGGUAAAAACAUUCCUUUUCCUUUGCAGUCAUGGCAUUGAGGACUUCAUUGCUCGGACUCUCUAUAGGGUUACUGUUUUCCUUGCUGGAACUUUGGGUUAUAUCAGCUGUGAGCCUGGAGCCUAUAUACUGGAAUACAGCAAAUAAAAAGUUCCAGGUGGCGGGCGGCUACGUCCUGUACCCGCAGAUCGGCGACCGGCUGGACCUGAUCUGCCCGCGGUCCCGCCCGCCGGGCCCCUUCUCAGCGGAGGAGUACGAAUAUUACAAGCUGUACCUGGUGCCGGGUGAGCAGGCCCGGGCGUGCGAGAUCCUGCGGGCCCCCAACCUGCUGCUGACGUGCGACCGGCCCGAGCACGACGUGCGAUUCACCAUCAAGUUCCAGGAAUUCAGCCCCAACCUGUGGGGCCACGAAUUCAAGAGCAACCAGGACUACUACAUCAUCACCACAUCGGAUGGCACCAAGGAGGGGCUGGAGAACCUGAGGGGCGGCGCCUGCCUGUCGAAGGGGAUGAAAGUCAUCUUGAAAGUGGGGCAGCCAAGAAGCGAACGUUAA